AACUGUUUCCAAGGUUUCUACAGGUCUGGAAUAUUACUGGCUGGCGGAUUCAGGGAGGCAAGGCAACGGAGGUCUUCAAAGAGUCGCCAGAGCGCCCCCUUGUCCCGCCGCUUCGGGGACACAGCUGUAGCAAUGGCUCGGGUGCCCCGAUCGCGCAGCCCUGAUGGCGAGGCCUCGGGCUCCGGGGGAAAACGCCGCAGUGUGUCGAAGAGCCCCAAACCCAGCAAAUCCUCCCGCUCCCCGCGAGGCCGCCGGUCUCGCUCUCGCUCUUGUUCUCGCUCUGGGGAUCGGAAUGGCUUCAGCCAUCAGCUAGGUGGCUUCAGCCAAAGCUCUCGAAAACAGUCGUACCGCUCCCGCUCGCGAUCGCGCUCCCGAGAGCGACCCUCUGCGCUGCGAAGUCCCCCCUUUGCCUCUGCUUCAUCCGCCUAUUAUGGCGCCUACUCGCGCCCCUACGGGAGUGACAAGCCGUGGCCCAGCCUCCUGGACAAGGAGAGGGAGGAGAGCCUGCGGCAGAAGAGAUUAAGUGAAAGAGAAAGGAUUGGUGAAUUGGGAGCUCCUGAAGUAUGGGGACUUUCUCCAAAGAAUCCUGAACCAGACUCUGAUGAACAUACACCAGUAGAGGAUGACGAACCAAAGAAAAGCACUACUUCAGCAUCUAGUUCAGAAGAUGAAAAGAAGAAAAGGUCUACUCAUUCAAAAGAAAGGUCCAAGAAAAGGCGAAAAAAGAAAUCAUCUAAAAGAAAACACAAGAAAUAUUCUGACGAUAGUGACAGUGACUCUGAUUCUGAAACAGACUCCAGUGAUGAAGAUACAAAAAGGAGAGCAAAGAAAGCUAAGAAAAAGGAAAAGAAGAAGAAACACAGAUCGAAGAAAUACAAGAAAAAGAAGACUAAGAAGACCAGAAAAGAGUCCAGUGAUUCAAGUUCUAAAGAUUCCCAAGAAGAAUUUCUGGAAAAUCUCUGGAAGGAUCGAUCAAAGAUUGAAGAACCGUCAGAUUUAAUUGGCCCAGAGGCUCCAAAAACACUUGCGUCUCAAGAUGAUAAACCUUUAAAUUAUGGCCAUGCUCUGUUACCGGGUGAAGGUGCAGCUAUGGCUGAAUACGUAAAAGCUGGAAAACGUAUUCCACGAAGAGGUGAAAUCGGGUUGACAAGUGAAGAAAUUGCAUCAUUUGAGUGUUCGGGUUACGUAAUGAGUGGUAGCAGGCAUCGUCGAAUGGAGGCUGUACGACUGCGAAAAGAGAACCAGAUCUAUAGUGCUGAUGAGAAGAGAGCACUUGCAUCCUUCAACCAAGAAGAGAGACGAAAGAGAGAGAACAAGAUCUUGGCCAGUUUUCGAGAGAUGGUAUACCGAAAGACCAAAGGGAAGGAUGACAAAUAAGCAUUUUCUAAUCAUUCAGCAGACAUUUUUCAUAACAAAAAGCAGUCUGGUUCUACACAUAUACAAAGAUUAUUGUGCUCUGAAAAAGCUUUACAGUGCACUGUGCCUUCUAUUUAAUUAUUUUAGGCCUUCAAUAAAAAAGCUGCUUAUUGAUAAUAACUUUAGUAAAUUACUUGGGUUAAUUUGGAUUGACCUAACAUUCUGGUUUUAAAAUUCAAAUUAUGAAUGAAAUCCUACUGUAUUAGGGGAGGUGGCAUGGGGAGAAAGUGUCAGUAAGAAAGAUCAGAAACUUAAUCUUACGCUGAGGUUCAGUGCUCCAAUUCACUCUACACAAUGCCAACCCCACCCCAACUAAGCUUGAGGGAAAUUAUCAUCCCUUUUUGUUGAAAGUGUUAUGAAUGGACUUGAUAGAAACUACAUAGGAGGUUAAUGUUAAAAUGAAAUCUUUGCUUAAAAAAAGCAAGUCUGGAUUUGAAAGCUGACUUUUCAAUAUAUAUUUUGCUUUCAGUUCCUACCUGUCCUCUAAAACCAACCAACAAGACAAAAAGUAAAUUAAUCCAUGAAAUUGUUGAACCGAAAAUGUAAACAGAUGGUGUUUUAAAUUGAUAAUAAUUCACUUAAAGAUCACUCAGGGGCUGGGGAUACACCUCAAGAAAAAAAGUACUUUGAAAAAUAGUCUUAGGUGUUGCUGCACCAGUGUAAAGUACCUUAUUUCUAUUUAACCUAUACUUUAAUAAUAGGAUAAUAUCUGAAAAAAGAGUGAGCAUCAACUAUAGUCAAGAGUGCUGAUAGGGAAAAUAUGAUGAGUUAGUAUUUUAGUUGUUUCAUAAGAUCAAAUAAAAAUAUUAUUAACCUUUUUUUUGCAGCACUAGGGAUUAAACCCUGGAGCUCUACACUGAGCUACAUCCCCAGCCCUUUCUAUUUUUUUGAGACAGGGUCUUUCUAAGUCACAAAGUUGCUCAGGCUGUGCUUCAACUUGUGAUCCUCUCAUCUCAGCCUUGAUAUUAAACAUUUUUAAACUUUGUCCUAUAUAUAAUAAAAGGAUCUAGUUAUAAACACUGUUAAAUCUUUCAUUUUUUAUAUCUCUCAUUCAGUUUGUUAACUUUGUACAAAACCCCCUCACAUUAUCAAAUUUUUGGAAAGUGCAAAUGGUAGAACUGUGAGAUCAUAGUCUUUUUCCUUUUCUUAUUUUUGUUCACUUUAAUUACGUCACAAAAAUGAAGGCAGAGGGGGACAGUUGAAGUUUUGGCUGUUUUUGUUAAGGUUGGAAUGUUGUUUCAGUCUCCAUUAUUGUUACAUACAUAAUUACUCAGUGACAGGAAAAUUCUAAAAUGUCCUUCUUACAGUUUGAAGUGGUAUUUGUUCAGUUUUUAAAUAAGGCACUCAUAUUUCAAGUACUGAGCACAAAUGUUUCUACUCAACAUAUAUUCUUGGAAAAUGUCUACCUUUAAUCUACAACUACUAAACAGUAGUCAACAUGUAGCAACAUUUGUGACCCUUGAACUAGAGGUGAUUUAUCCCGUCUAGCCUACUAAACCUGUAGUUUCCAAAGGUCACAAUGAGACUUGUGAGUCUUAGUCCAUCUACUUCUGUGUGUAAUAAAACCUAAAGUUUAUAGUCUGCACUUAUAAAAAUUUUUUUCUCUAAGGGAAUUUUUGUUGCUGGUUCCUAGAGACUAAAAUAGUAUAUCCUUUUAUUUUUAGUAGGCAAGGUACUGUAAAUGCAGCAAUUCUGCAAUACAUAUAUGAAUAUUCAACAGAUGUUUAUUGAGUAAAUGAAAUAAAAUGUAUUAAAUUAUUUGAGACUUACCAUUUUUUUCAUCAGGGUUUGUUUGGGAAAUAUCUAUGAAACAAUUGCAUCAGUAGCAUAUUCUUUAGGAAAGAGGAAGGGAGAAUAAAAAGAUUUAAAGUGUUUUAUUUCAGCUUAUGAGACUACUUCAAAACCAUGUUUUGUCACCUGAACCAUAAGUCAAAUGGUAGGGUUAGGGUUAUUGUGUUUCAAAGAUAUUUUUCUGUACUUCUAAACUUACCUAGUUUAUCACCUCCUUGCCUAUCACACCAAUAGGAUUUUUUGCUUCCUUUUAAUUUAUUGCACAUAUAUGAGUUUUUAAAAAGAAAAUUACAGUCCUGCCAUAUAAAUCGCUAAUAUUCUGUGGUUUGUUUACGGUGUUUGUCUAAGUAAAUAUGUAUUCUAAUGUACUUGUAAGUAACCACUUUGAGUGUAAUGUAAAUUUGUCUUUAGUGUUUUUAAAUUUUUCAGCUAGGUAAAGGACUCUAGGAAAGAUAGAAACAAGUGAUGGUCUGAAACUGAGGAUGGAAAGACUAGAAAUAAGGAAAGGUACUGAUUGAAUCAUUGCUGUUUCAUUGCCCCCAGUCCUCAAGCAUCCCUGCUUCCAUCACAAGUGUCAUGGUGUGUUAUAGAAGGUGGCAUGCCAGGUAUCAGAGUAUUAGAAUAUACUGUUUAGCAGUAAGGCCAACUCACAGUAAAUAAAGUGAUCUGUGACAUGGGCAGCCCUUCAGACUGGUUAUAUUAUGAGCUGUAGAACUUUUGUCAUUUUUUUGUUCCCCAGUUGUGCUCAUAGGGUCUGUCUGGAGUGGAGUCUUAGGCAUAGAUUGGGGAACAGUCAGCCAAGAACCAAGCAUGGUUUGGUCUGACAGGUGAAUUUUAGCAACUCUAUAAACUGAGCUCUGUAUUUAUAAGACUUAAAAAAUGAUGCACAGUGAUGGGAAAAACCUUUUAGAAAAUAGAAAAUGACUCUGCUAAUGUGAUAGAAGUUGCAGAAUGGAAAAUGAAUGAAUGCGAAAAAUACAGUUGGGUUAUAUGCCACAAGUUUAUUCAAUAAAUAUUCUGUGGUUUGAUGUGCUA